GCCCCUCCUUUCCUCUCCAUCUGAUCAUCACCUGUCUGAUCCUGCCCAGCUUGCAACCUCGCCGGACGCUCUGAUAUCGCCCCAGCAGCGAGCACUCCCGCUUUCAGACACAAGAUCCCAGGAAACAGCUUUGCCUCUAAAUUUACAUCUUCGUGAUCAUCCAGAUCAGCGCACUUUCCAAACAACCUUUCCUCCUGAUAAAUCAGACCAGCUCUUUGCUAAUACUUCAUCAGCCACCCAAAUGCCUCAUCGUGUCAUGUCCAUGCCGUCCACUGGUCGACGCGAGUACGACUCUCGCUACGAUUACCCUUAUCGUCGUCCCUCGCCCCCUCCAAUCGCAACCCUGACCCACUCACCAUCUCUCUCUGUUUCAUCUUUGGACCGUUCCUCAGUCUCUUCCCCUGCCCCCCGUAGAUCACCUACCGAGCACUCGAUUGACUCUCGUACAAGCUAUUCUGCUGAUCCGUACUACUCUCAACAACCCAGGUCCUAUGCCCACGGCCCUGUCUCGACCAGGGACAGCGGCAGAGUGCCAUCAAGUUAUUCUUACACUUCACGCCCCCACCUUGAGCACAGGUACACAAUAAGCGAGUCACAGCCGUAUCACGUCUCCUCUGGCUACUCUACAAGUCCUCCCAUGACACAUAGCUCAGUUGGUGGCGUUCGGGAUAAUAUGCCUGUUGGCUACACCCUCCCGGGACAAAAUUACCAGGCUAUCGUGCACACAGACGAUGCGACAACUAAAUUGAGCGACAGAGUUCGCAGGAGGUGUUUCAAUUGCUGCACCACUGAUACAUCAACGUGGAGGCGAUCAAACCUCAGUCCCGGCAAGGUGCUGUGUAACAAGUGUGGUCUGUUUGAGCGGACACAUGGUCGUUCCAGGCCUGACCAAUUUCCUCACCGACGUGGCCCCCUGGCGACCUCACAAGUGAGAUCAAGGACACCACCGCAAUCCACGCAGCUGCCCCCAAUUUCGACGCAUGUGACUCCUCUUGCGCCUUACCAUUACCACCCGUCGAUCGCACCGUUGUCUUCUUCUGGUUCAGAUUCGAGGAGACCUCAUCAUGCUACUACCUUGCCUGAGAUUCACACUUGGCACGAUACAGCGGCUGCACGAUUGUCAUAUCACGCGUCGCCAACAGAGCGAGUUGUGGACCAAAGUCCCCACUUGCGACAACGAUCCCCACCGCGCCUUGGCCACCACGCAGAUUUGCGCACUUCGAGUGUGCACGAGGCAGUUGCUUAAUGGCGCGGGAUCGCGUCUUACUGUGUCCUUGCGAGCCCGGAGCUCCAUGGAUGAGCCGAAAAGGCGCCAAAAGAAAUCGAAUAUGUUUUCGCACUACAAGCACCGUUGUUGAUUCCUAAUUGUUUCUAGAUCUUGGGUAGGGUAUGCUCUGUUUCUGAUGUGACUGAAAGUUAGCUAUAUAUUUGAAUCUUGCUGGUCACGCAUAUGUUUUUUUGCUCGAUUGUCGAACGAAUGCUUUACAUGUACUAGUACUACUACUUCUUGCAGCUCGAUGUAUUUUACAAGCGACAUGUGGACGAUUAGUGAGAGAAAUGAUAUGGUAUAUAUUUAUAAGAUGGCAGGAUGAAUGGGAUCCAGAAGGAGGGAAGAAGGGAACGAGAAGAGAAAUUGAAAUGAGGGAGUGAAAGGAGGAGACGGUUGACCGGAUCGAUGACAGUGAGAUUAUGAGAAGUGCGCUGGUUCGGAAAGGAUAAGGGUGUGAUUUGAUUGGAAGGGGGUACUGUGGC